CAGGCGCAGCUAUUCAUAAUGCAUAUUAUGGUCUAGCCUUGUGUUCUCCAACAUGGCGGACUUCGGUGGCGGGCCAAACCGCGGCAAUCAAGGCGGAUUCUACGACAAUUUCGGCGACAAAGGCCGUGACCAGGGGCCUGGCGGAAGGCGCAGAGGCGGUGGGGGCUAUGGUGGUGGUGGUCGCAGUGGACCUCCAAGAAUGCCUACCGAGCCUCCUUUCACUGCAUUCGUAGGGAAUCUUCCAAUCAAUACAGUGCAGGGUGAUCUAGACCAGAUUUUCGCUGAUCUACGGAUCCGAAAUGUCCGACUGGUGCGAGACAAGGAGACAGAUCGCUUUAAAGGAUUUUGUUACGUAGAAUUUGAAGACCCGGAAUCUCUGACAGCAGCACUAGAAUUUAAUGGAGCUUUGGUAAAUGACAGACAAAUUAGAGUAGAUAUUGCUGAGGGAAAGAGGGACAACCGUGGCGGUGGAAGAGGGGGGCGUGGUGGAGGCAGAGGUGGCAGCAGCUUUGGAGGCCCCCCUGAUAGAGGUUUUGAUGACAGAGGCAGUGGAGGAGGGAGAUAUGAUGAUAGAGGCCAUGGAGGUGGCAGUGGUGGUGGCUGGAAUGAUGGCUGGAACGAGGGAGUUCGAACACCCAGGGGUGGCAUGAGGGAGAGAGGAGGGAGAGGGGGUUACGAUGGACCACGAGGUGGUGGGGGACGAUAUGAGGAAUUCAGAGAGCCAACUCCAGAGGAGCGUUCUCAGAGACCAAAGCUAAAGCUGAUGCCUCGCACAGUGAAGGACCCAGUGAAUGAUCUAGCAUCUGAGACUCAGCGCAUGAAAAUUUUUGGUGAUGCAAAACCUCGAGAGGAGAAUGUGGCAAAAGAAGUUUCUAAGCCUAAAGAUAGUGCUGAGGAUUGAUUCAUGUACACCAGAGCUCAACUUUGUAAUGGUUGGCAGAUUUCUUUGCUUUUCCAAGUAAUAGCAGUGACAGGUGGUGAAUGACAUGGAGUAUGUUAAAGGCUUCAGUAAUCUCACAUUGAACACUGCUGACAGAGGUUCAUUCCCAAUGAUGGGCUCAAAUGUUACUAUUGUUGGUGUCAAGAUGAAAGAUAGCUGUUUAUUGUGCGGCAUUUAUAGGAGCUGUCAAGACCACAACAUUCUACCCUUUGAUGUUGGGAAAUAUAGGAAUGCCAACUCCUGCAUCAUUAUUAAAAUAUGUAAAGUUCCAGUGAUUAGAAAGCAGCCUGUCAAUUUUAAUCUAAUGAGGGUCGUCCCUCGGCUUGUUAGUAAACAGAAACUCAAGAAAGGACUUGUUAAAGCUGGUCACUAAUUCAUCAUGAAAUAAAUCAACUUCAAAAGGGUUCUACUGAAGUUGGUUUCUUUUGUGAAAUCAGUGCCUAGCUGUAACUGAUUCAGUCUUGUGUUUUUGUUUACCGUGUGGAAAGGCCUUUGUUAUUUACAAUGUCAUAUUAGACAGCUGUUUUCAGUUUUUGGCAAAUAAUGCUUUGCCUUAUCAUAAGUAAGGCUCUAGCUAUAUUUAGAGGCAUUGAAGGCCACAAAGAAUUUGUAGCAUAAGUUGUAAAACUUAGAUGCAAUAUCAUUAACAAAUAAAAUGCCCUUUACAGA